CGUCUGAUAAAACGGAUAAAACUAAACAAAAUCGUUAAAACUACGAGACUGGAUCCAGGCACGCAUGUUACUAUGGUCACCAAUUCUCCAAACUUCACAGUGAUUUAGUGAUUUUCAUACCAAAAAGUUUUCUCCUCUAAGGAAUUAUAAACGCAAUGUUUCCAGCACCGGAGAAACGUCGACAGUUGCGACAAACGGCUCUCUGUCGGGAAGUGGAAAACUCGAAGCAACACGAAAGCUUCCUCAAGGACUUCAACCAAAUCCAACGUAACAGCCAGAUUAGUUUACUGAAGCGGCAACAUACGGCUCAAUGUAGGGAACGGGAUGCGAAUAACCAACGGCAGCAGGAGGAAGCCAAAGAAGCUGUCAAAUUGAAACAAUUGCAGGAAGAGCAGGAAUUGGCCAUGCAGCUGCAUGACGCCAACAGACGCCGAAUCAACGAGGAGAAACUACGGCAACAGCUCCGGGAAUCGAAUCAAGAGCUGCGGGAACUCGAAUCGAAACUAAGGGCGGCUUAUGUGGCCAAAGGAAUUGCCGCUCAAAAGGCAGAACUGGAGGCUAGACGGCUGGAAGAGAAGAUUGCCGCCCAGAAUGAGAAGGAAGUUCUUGAACAGCAACGGUUGGAAAAUUUGGAAUACAUUCGGCAGUGCCAGGAAGAAGAAAGAAACCAAAAACGGGAGCUUUGCGACACAUUGCAUACUCAAAUGAAAACCAUUCAAAGGCAGAAACAGAUAAUGUACGAAGAGUUUCUCAGGGAAAAACAAUAUCUGGACGAGAUCUGUAAGCGCCUUCAGGAGGAGAGAUUUGCGGAGAUCCAGCGGAAGUUGGAACUGCAGGAACGAACCCGUAAGGAAAUGGAAUACUUCAAGGAGGCAAAAGCGAUCUGGCAAGAACGGCAGAAACUUGCGAUGGCAGAAGAAAAUGAACGAAUUCGUCGUUUUCUGGAGCAUCAGGAAGUCCAGGAGCAGAUACAACGGGAAAGAAAACUGGAAAGCGCGCGAUCCCGGGAAAAGCUAAACGAAAAGAUGGUUACAAAGCUGCAGGCGGAAAUCGACGAAGGACAAAAGCGCGAAGAACUACUACAAGACUUAUAUGCAGCCGAGCUGGACGAAAGACAGGAGGUUCGCAUCCAACGUGACUUAGAGCAGCAACUCCGUAAACGCAUCGAAGCUCGACUGGGCCUUGAACGCCAAUUAACGGAGAUCGAGUGCCGUCGGCAACGUGAAGCCGAUGAUGAGCGCAAAUUCAAGGAGGAUCAGCUAAAACUGUGGGCUGAACGAGACCGACUCGAUCAGAUGACCAACGAAAAACGACGGCUAAAGUUGGCUGAGCACCGAAGGGCCAUACAGGAGCUACUGGAGGAUCGCAAACGACAGCACGCCGAAGAAAUCAAACAGUUGAUGCAGCAGCAGAACAUGUUUGAGCAAGAGGAAAAACAACGUCAGAAAAUAAUCGAAGAGGAACGAAUCAAACUGUUGAAAGAGCAUGUAACGGCCUUGCUUGGAUUUCUGCCGCCUGGAGUAUUACGCGAAAGCGAUCGGGAACAUAUUCCAUUGCCCAAACCAAAAAGCGAACUAAAAUAAAUAUACAUUGCCUCUGGUUUAAGUUA